AUCAACUCAGCCUUCCCAUUGAGCUUCGUUGCCUCACUGGGCUCUAGGCAAGCUCCUGCUAACGCGUCGAUUAUCUCAACCCACAAUAGCUCCCCUCAACCUCCGCAACGUCAAUCAACAUCUCAAACUCGCCUCAUUCAGAACUUAACGAGUUCUUCUUGAGCUUCAUCCGCUAAUUCUACCCGAUCCCGAACCGUUAAAUAACACAAAUCCUCCACAAUGUCGGCCGGCGCAUACGAUCGACACAUUACCAUCUUCGCUGAUAAUGGUCGGCUGUACCAAGUUGAGUACGCCUUCAAGGCGAUUACGGCUGCCAACAUUAUGUCCGUCGGUGUGAGAGGCAAGGACUGUGCUGUUGUUCUGUCUCAGAAGAAGGUUCCCGACAAGCUUAUGGACCCCGCCUCUGUCACCCAUAUCUUCCAGCUCUCUCCCUCAGUCGGCUGCGUCAUCACAGGAUCCAUCGCAGAUGCCCGGGCUUUCGCUCAAAGGGCUCAGGGCGAAGCAGCAGAAUUUCGAUACAAGUAUGGGUAUGAGAUGCCAGCUGAUGCACUAGCCAAGCGUCUUGCCAACAUCAGCCAAGUCUACACUCAACGAGCUUACAUGCGACCUUACGGCGUUGCGACCACUCUGAUUUCGCUCGACUCGGAAUAUGGCCCCCAGCUGUUCAAGUGCGACCCUGCUGGAUACUACAUCGGUUACAAGGGAACUGCGGCAGGCCCGAAGCAACAGGAGGCGCUGAACCACCUCGAGAAGAAGCUCCGCAACAAGGAGCAUGCGGAGGGAUCUUGGGAGGAGGUUGUUGAGCUGGCCAUCACAACACUGAGCACAGUUCUGAGCAUGGAUUUCAAGAAGGGAGAGAUCGAGAUCGGUAUCGUGGGUGGACCUCGACCUGACGGUGAAGAGGGAACCUACUCGGGAUUCCGAACAUUGACCGAGGACGAGAUUGACGACCGGUUACAAGCUAUCGCAGAGAAGGACUGAGCGAGUGGAGAGAAUGAUAUGGAACAUGGGAUGAAACAUAGUCGGCUGGCCAUAGUAGAAGGUCGGUGCACUUUGUCGCGAGGAAUCAGAGGCCUGAUUCGUGGGCUGCAGAGACGACAUUCUGUUCCCAGGAACGUGGGCCACGCAAUAUCAAUGCAGGGGGAUGGAUUAUCAAGAUCAGAGACUUGGAUGCCGUCGUGGGCGUGGGUCCUCGUCAGUGUGUCACUAGCCGUCCUUACCAUGUGCAAUAGAAACUGAUGAGACUUUUCAAUUGAGCAAAUGACAACAGUCGCGCCUGAUGAC